AUGGACUGGGACCAAGACGCUCUGAGAGCCCAAUUCUGCCAUGCGCUCUCGGAAAUGUACAAGAGCGAGGUGCCCCUGUACGGGGACCUCGUCGACCUCGUCUGGAAGGCCGACGCCGCGGCCGUGCGAGCAAGCCAGCAGCUCGGCGGCUCCCAUGUCAUCGACCCGGACGAGGUUCUCCCUCCUCGCAACCGCGUCGAGCGACACGGCGCCAUCCGCCUGGGCACGGCACACGAGCUGGCCACCAUCCGGCGCAUGUUCGCCGUGAUGGGCAUGUUCCCCGUCGGAUACUACGACCUGACGAUGGCCGGGUUCCCGAUGCAUGCCACGGCCUUCCGACCCCAAGACCGCGACGCGCUCGCAAAGCAUCCGUUCCGCGUGUUCACGACGGUCCUGCGCAUGGAGCUCCUCACAGAGAGAACGCGCGCGCUGGCGCAGAAGGCCCUGGGCCAGCGCAACAUCUUCACUCCCCGGCUGAUGGCGCUCAUCGACCGCGCCGAGACACAGGGCCACCUCAACCCCGAGCAGGCGCAGGAGUUCAUCAGGGAGGGUUUGGAGACGUUCCGCUGGCAUUCCAAGGCCACCGUCACCUGGGACGAAUACCAGCUGCUCAAGGAAGAGCACCCCCUGAUAGCCGAUAUCGUGUCCUUCCCCAGCUGCCACAUCAACCACCUGACGCCUCGCACGAUCGACAUCGACCUCGUCCAGAAGAUGAUGCAGGACCAUGACAUGCCGGCCAAGGAGCGUAUUGAGGGGCCCCCGAAACGCGUCUGUCCCAUCCUGCUGCGGCAGACGAGUUUCAAGGCCCUCGAGGAGACGGUCUACUUCCGCGAUGCGCGAGGUGCGUUCGUGAAGGGCUCGCACACGGCGAGGUUUGGCGAGGUCGAGCAGCGUGGGUAUGCGCUGACGCGCGCCGGCCGCCGGCUUUACGACCAGAUCCUGGACCAGGUCAACCGCGAGUCGGCCGAGAAGCGCGCGCACUCGGUGCGGUAUGAGGACCUGCUGGAGAAACACUUCGAGCAGUUCCCAGAUGACCUGGCUGAGCUGCAGUCGCGUGGGCUGGCGUUCUUCUGCUUCCGGCUGACACCCGCGGCGGAGAAGAGCUUGGACGCUGCGACGACAGUAGACAAGUCCGUGGGCUUGUCGCAGCUUCUAGAGAGUGGCAUCCUCGAGUAUGAGCCCAUCACGUAUGAGGACUUCCUGCCGCUGUCUGCGGGUGGCAUCUUCAACUCCAAUCUCGGCAAUACGUCCACGUCAAAACAGUUGAUCAUGGAAGCCGACGCGGAUCUCGAUGGGUUCCAGCGGAUGCUGGGAGCGUCGGUGACGGACGAAUUCCAUCUGUACGAGAAGAUGCAGAGCGAUAGUCUGGAGAGAUGCCGGAAACAGCUAGGGCUGGAUGUGAUCUGGUCAGGGUGUAGUGACCCUCUGUCCUGCAACCUUCUUAAGGCCGCUCCGUCAUGUCUCCCUUGGGUUCGUACGGCUAAAUGGCAGGCCGUGAGGAUGGAUUCCGGUCAGAAUGAUGAUCAAAACAUCGCCUAUCGCAUAUGGGUUGGGACGAUCGUGACAAUCGUGCCGGCGACCUUCGCGGUCGUCCUGCGUUUCCUCGGCCGGCACGUCUCUCGUGCGGGCUUCUGGUGGGAUGAUUAUACGAUAGCAAUUGCAUUGGUGUUCAAUUGGGCUAUGGCUAUCUUGCGAUGGGUACAGGUCAUCUACUGGGGGUUUGGUCGACAUGCAGCCUUCCUUUCGGAAGAAGACGUUCGGAGCUACCAGAAAAGCUUCCUCGGAGUGCAGAUCCUAUACUUCACCAACGCUGUGUUCACCAAGUCCUCGCUCCUGCUGCUCUACCAGCGGAUCUUCGGGGUAGUCUCGUGGUUUCGCUGGGUCCUCCGGUUUACAGGGUUUCUCGUCACGGCAUACUGGAUUGCAUGCUCGAUUGUGGCGAUCUGGGGAUGCUCGCCGGUAUCCUACUUCUGGAACAUGAAGCAACCGGGAUCGUGCAUCAACGAGACGAACUUCUUCCGAUGGAAUGGCAUAGCGAAUAUCAUUCUCGAUUUCCUGGUCUUGUGCGUGCCAUUUCCCAUGCUAUGGUAUCUCAAGGCCAGCCUGCGACAGAAGCUGGUGCUGUCGGGAAUCUUUCUGCUCGGUGGAUUUGUCUGUGUCACCUCAAUCGUCCGGGUCAUCGCUUUCGACCUCCAGAACAGCGUUGAUCCGACGUAUACCACCGUCGACACCGCCGCCUGGUCCUCUAUCGAACAGUCCGUCGGCAUCCUAUGCGCCUGUCUGCCGACUAUGCGCCCCUUCUUCCGACGAUUCUUUCAGAUGCUGGAUGGCAACGAAAGACUGCUCAGCAAGGGAUAUCGACUUACGGAAGGUAAUCCCAACCUCACUGUCGCUGUUGUCGAGGCCGGCGGUUUCUACGAAGUUGAUAAUGGAAACCUGUCCGUGGUGCCCGGGUAUACCACCUACUUUACCGGCUCGGAUCCGAACGACUAUCAGCCUCUGGUAGACUGGGGCAUCUCCACGCAGCCACAGAGAGGACUAGCAGACCGUGUUGUCCACUACGCUCGAGGAAAGACUCUAGGGGGCAGUUCGGCCAGGAACUACAUGGUGUAUCACCGGCCGACGAUUCAGAGUAUGCAGAGAUGGGCUGAUGAGGUCGGCGAUGAGAGCUAUACAUUCGACAACAUGCUGCCGUACUUUAAGAAAUCAGUCCACUAUACCCCGCCAAACCAGACGCUAUACGCCAAUACCUCCAACACUCAAACGCCAGAUGCGUUCUCCCCGGACGGGGGUCCAUUGGAAGUAUCGUUCAGCAACAUCGUGCUUGCCUUUGGGACAUGGGCUCGGAAGGCCUACAUUGCUCUCGGCAUGAAGCAGAUUGACGGUCUCAACAGUGGCGAGCUUUUGGGUUCUGCGUUUGGAACGUCCACUAUCAAUCCCACCAACGCACAUCGGUCGUCGUCUGAAUCCAGCUUUCUGCGACAGGCCCUGAAUACUGGCCACGGCCCGGUCAUCUAUAGAAACUCACACGCCCAGAAGAUCCUGUUUGAUUCCGACAAAGCCGCGACUGGGGUCGAGGUCUCAACUGCAGGGACCUUCGGCACGCCUCCGCUCAGCUUCACCCUCAAUGUUCGGAAGGAGGUGAUCUUAUCCGCAGGCGCAUUUCAGUCGCCCCAACUGCUGAUGGUGUCUGGUAUCGGAUCGUGCGAUGAGCUCCGGAACUUCAAGAUCCCAUGCCUCCAGAACUUACCUGGCGUUGGUAAGAACAUGGAAGAUCAUGUGCUAUUCGGGGCUUCGCACCGAGUGAACUUCCCAACCGCAUCGGCAACUGCUAAUAAUGCGACGCUGGCCGCUCUCAUGGUCGAAGCAUACAUCAACAACGCUGCUGGCUCGCUGACUGUUUUCGGACCGGGAUAUUUUGGCUGGGAGAAGAUGCCCGAACCAUACCGGUCGAGGCUGUCGCAACAGUCCAUCAAGGCUCUCUCGAGCUUCCCGGAUGACUGGCCUGAGAUUGAAUGGCUGACCAUUGGCGCGUUCAACGGUUAUGGCAUGAACAAACAGACGGCGGAUCCCAGAGACGGUCAUAAUUAUGGCACCAUCAGUUCGGCACUCGUCGCCCCGUUGUCUCGCGGCAGCGUCUCCCUCGCUGGACCCGACAUGAACACCCUUCCUUUAGUGGACCCUCAAUGGCUGGUCAAUCCUACCGAUAGGGAGCUAGCCAUCGAGGCCUUCAAACGAGGACGCCAGAUCUGGGACAAACUGGCCGAGUUGGGGGCUGCAGACCCUGAGGAAUACUUCCCUGGACCCAACGUGACAACGGAUGAGCAGAUCCACGAGUUCAUUCAGAAAAGCAUGACCACCGUGUAUCAUGCGUCCUGCACCUGCAAGAUGGGUCGCAGACAAGACCCGCUGGCGGUGAUAGAUAGCAGUGCUCGCGUCUAUGGCGUGCAGCGAUUGCGAGUCGUCGACAGCAGCAGCUUUCCAUUCUUGCCUCCAGGUCAUCCGCAGUCAGUUGUGUAUGCGCUUGCAGAGAAGAUAGCAGAUGAGAUUCUGCAGGGUUCGUCCGGGUUGUGA